UCUGAUCCUACACAGGGCUUUGUCUCCCUCCCUUUCAACCGAUCCUACUACCAUAUUCAGAAACCUUACGAUGUGCCUGAAGACCAGCUCUACUGCGCCUUCAUCGAUGGAGUUCAUAAAUGUUGGGUCUACUCCACAGACAAACCUCACACUACUACCAGCCAAACCCUGCCUCGCACUGAGAUUGCCAUACAAGGAUACAAUUACUCUUCUGGGGUGUGGGAGUUCGAAGCAUUUGGGUACGUCCCAAAAGGGACAUCAGGGGUGUGCAUAAUGCAAGUGUUUGGAGCAACGUACUGCUCCUUAACUCUGAUGCUGAGGGUCUACAAUGGUUCACUAACAUACUACAUGGCUCCGGUGUUGGUUCCCAACAUCUACGAUAAGUGGUUCAAGCUCAAUGUGGUUCACGAUGUUGAUGGUGCAAAAGUCAGAGUGUACAUUGAUAGAUGUCUCAAAAUCGAAGCAGAUGGUCGUGGAGGAACCUCUCAUGCUUUCAAAUGUGGUGUCUACGCCCAGAUGAAUGACUCCAAUUACAUGGAGUCUCGUUGGAAACACAUCAAAGUUUUAAGAAAGGCUUUAUAUUUUGACGACUGUAUCAGUUGGAAGGUAGAUCAGCACGUUUGUAGUACGACUAGUUUCAAACUUUCAAUAGAAAACAAAAUGAAGAGUACCACCCAGACUGUGAAGCACGCAAUUAUUCUGUAACAGAGAUAUUUCAAACAGAACUCUCCAGUUUAUGUAUAUCAUAAAUUAAUAAUAUUUGACAAAUGAAACCCA